UUCUCUCCCACUCUUCAAGCAAACCACCUUCAAAGCUUCCACUUUUUGCCAUUCUCUCUCCCUAUCUACCUCUCUCUUUACUGGGUUUCUGUGGUAUUGUUGGUAUCAGCUUCUAAAUGGGGUUUUCCCAAGAAACCUGCACUGACUCCUGGGAGUCUUCGAAUCCACAAAAUGCUCCUGAUACAGUCACCGAUGACUACUACGACUAUAACAAGCUCAAGUUCAGAAGCACUUGGAGAAAAAUGCUCUGGAUGAUUGGGUUUGCCUGUAUUUCCCUGCCUCGCAGCCGGCGGAAGGCCGGGGUGAUGAUUCAGGGUCAAGGCAAAAACAAGGCGUGGCUACUGGCGGAGUCCGGCGGUUGUCCGGCGGAGUCGACGAAUGCCGACCCACAAUCGGUUCACUCAUCUUUCAGGUUCAACAUAUGUUCUCAGGUUGAGCUGGAAUCUUUGGAAAUGAGUUCUUCCGCUGCUGCGACAGUCUUGAUGGUGAAUUUGGAUAAUGGGGUGAGUGAAUCUGGAGCUCGGGAGCUAAAAUGGUGGAGAAUAGAUUCAUUGAAUAAGAGCAUAUUGCCAGUGACCAAUACUCUGAUCAGAUUCAACUACAGUGAAAUCCUGUCUGCUACCCAGAAUUUCUCCAAAGGCAGAGUAUUGGGAAGAGGGGCGUUGAGCUGUGUUUUCAGAGGAAAAAUUGGACUUCUGAGGAGUGCCGUGGCAAUUAAAAGACUGGACAAAGAAGACAAGGAGUGCGCAAAGUCAUUCUGUAGAGAACUGAUGAUUGCUAGCUCUCUUCACAACCCAAACGUUGUUCCUCUUGUGGGGUUUUGUGCUGAUCCAGAGGAGGGUUUGUUUCUGGUCUACAAAUUUGUCUCAGGAGGCAGCUUAGAGCGCCACUUGCAUGGGAAGAAGAAGGGUGUAAAGGGAAAUUCACCACUGCCUUGGUCUGUGAGAUAUAAAGUUGCAGUUGGGAUCGCCGAAGCAAUCUCUUAUCUGCAUAAUGGAACUAAAAGAUGUGUUGUUCACAGAGACAUUAAGCCCUCUAACAUUCUUCUUUCCUCUAGAAAGUCUCCCAAGCUAUGUGAUUUUGGAUUAGCUACAUGGACUUCAGCACCUUCGAUUCAUUUCCUUUGCAAAACGGUUAAAGGAACAUUUGGCUAUUUGGCUCCUGAGUAUUUCCAACAUGGGAAGGUGUCAGAUAAGACUGAUGUUUAUGCUUUUGGAGUGGUGUUAUUGGAACUCAUAACUGGUAGGAAGCCCAUUGAAGCAGAAAGGCCACCAGGAGAAGAGAAUUUAGUCUCAUGGGCUAAACCAUUGCUUCAUAAAGGGAAAGAAGCCAUUGAAGAACUGAUUGAUCCUCAACUCAAUUACACCUUAAAAUCCUCAAACCAGUUAUCUCGUAUGAUUGAAGCUGCAGCAGCCUGUGUCACAAACGAAGAAUCUCGCAGACCCGGCAUUAACGAGAUCAUCGCAAUCCUGAAAGGUCAAGAACCAGUCUUCUCUAAAAGGAGGAAGCCAUCUUUUCGUGUUAAUGGAUCCGUAUUUGAUUCUUAUACCCAGUUACAAGAAACAAACACAGAGAUUAAAAGUCACUUGGCUUUGGCUAUGUUGGGCAUUUCAGAGUUUGAAGAUGAUGAUUACCUCUUUGGUCGCUAAAACAUGACAGCUUAGAAAUAUUUAAG